AGUACGGGUCGUGCGGAGUCGUGGCAAAGGUUAUAUAAAUAGGUGAAGAGGGGCAGCCGGAGUUGUUGCACUUUCUUGGUGGAGCGCCGAGCACCGUCCAGUCCCAACACAGCCAUGGCGCGCGUCGCCUGCUUGUGUGCCGUGCUGUUGAUCGCCCACCUCGGGAGCAGCGAGCGAGUGAAGCGGCAGAGCGAGGAUGACCCCGCAGAUGACGUGAACGCGGAGCAGCUGUGCGACGGCCGCCCCGCCGACGAAUACUUCCGGCUCACCGUGGAGGGAGACUGCCGCGACGUCGUCAGGUGCGACAAGGGCGGAGAGAACGGCGUCACGAGGCUCGCCUCCGUGCGCUGCCCCGGCGGACUCGCCUUCGAUAUCGACAGACAAACUUGUGACUGGAAAACACAAGUUAAAAAUUGUGAUAAAUUAGAAAAGCCACGUAAAAUUCUGCCAAUAUUGAAAACGGAUGAGCCCAUCUGCCCAGAGGGAAAACUGGCCUGUGGAAGUGGAGACUGUAUAGAAAAGGAAUUAUUCUGUAACGGAAAGCCCGACUGCAAAGAUGAGUCCGAUGAAAAUGCUUGCACCGUUGACGUGGACCCGAACAGGGCUCCCGACUGCGACCCCAACCAGUGCACGCUGCCCGACUGCUUCUGCUCCGCGGACGGCACGCGCAUCCCCGGCGGCAUCGAGCCCAACCAGGUGCCGCAGAUGAUCACCAUCACAUUCAACGGAGCCGUCAACGUGGACAACAUUGACUUGUACGAACAAAUCUUCAAUGGAAACCGCAACAACCCCAACGGUUGCCAAAUUCGUGGAACCUUCUUCGUGUCACACAAGUACACCAACUACGCUGCUGUCCAAGAGCUGCACCGUAAAGGACACGAAAUUUCCGUAUUCUCAAUCACGCACAAGGACGACCCGCAGUACUGGACCAGCGGCAGCUACGACGACUGGCUGGCCGAGAUGGCGGGAGCUCGUCUCAUCGUCGAACGCUUCGCCAACAUCACUGACGCUUCGAUCAUUGGAGUCCGUGCUCCUUACUUGCGUGUUGGAGGCAACAAGCAAUUCGAAAUGAUGGCUGACCAGUACUUCGUGUACGACGCCUCCAUCACCGCUCCCCUCAGCCGUGUGCCAAUCUGGCCCUACACUCUCUACUUCAGAAUGCCCCACAAGUGCAACGGUAACGCACACAACUGCCCGUCCAGAAGCCACCCCGUCUGGGAGAUGGUGAUGAACGAGCUCGACAGGCGAGACGACCCGACCUUCGACGAGUCGCUGCCCGGUUGUCACGUGGUGGACUCGUGCUCGAACAUCCAGACCGGCGAGCAGUUCGGACGUCUCCUGCGUCACAACUUCAACCGUCACUACAAUACCAACCGUGCCCCGCUAGGUCUGCACUUCCACGCCUCGUGGCUCAAGUCUAACAAGGAAUUCAGAGAUGAGCUCAUUAAAUUCAUUGAAGAGAUGUUGGAGCGCAACGACGUGUACUUCACGUCGAUGAUCCAGGUGAUCCAGUGGAUGCAGAACCCCACUGAGCUGUCGUCCCUGCGCGACUUCCAGGAGUGGAAGCAGGACAAGUGCGACGUGAAGGGGCAGCCCUUCUGCUCGCUGCCCAACGCGUGCCCGCUGACGACGCGCGAGCUGCCCGGGGAGACGCUGCGCCUCUUCACCUGCAUGGAGUGCCCCAACAACUACCCCUGGAUCCUCGAUCCCACUGGUGAAGGCUUCAAUGUCAGAAAGUGAUCUCUAAUAAUUAAUUUAAAAGACUGUAUAAAAUAUGUAAAUACUUUAAUACUCAAUAAUAAUUUUAAUGAUUACAUCGAAAUACUUAAAGGCAGGGUAAUUUUCAAUUGAGUAUCUACCAAGGUAGACAAUCAUCAAAUAUAUUUACCAAUUCUCACAACAAGACGUUAUUAAAAUCAAAUAACUGUUGCAACAAACCGACGUCAAAUUUUAUCAGAUCUGCCUAAUGACCAGUUGGAUAGGUAGUUACCUAAGUUUUGUACUUAGCUAUUCGACAAUAAAAUUAAGUUAAAAACCA